AUGGCUUUCGUGAGAAAUAUAUUGGGUGCAAAGAAGCUUCUUGGCCGCUCCAUCUCAGCAGCUUCCACGAGCAAAAGAGUAGCCUCGGCGGCACCAAAAGGCUUUCUUGCGGUGUACGUAGGAGAGGGUCAGAAGAAGAGAUAUGUGGUGCCAGUCUCAUACCUGAGCCAACCUUCAUUUCAAGCUCUUCUCAACAAAUCAGAAGAAGAGUUUGGGUUCAAUCAUCCAAUGGGUGGCUUAACGAUCCCUUGUCCUGAAGAUAUCUUCAUCACUCUGACGUCUCGGCUCCAAUGAUGACAAUUCAACAUAUUGUUCUUUGAGUUACAGAUAGACUUCUUCCUUGUAAAUAGAGGAUUUUUUUUUUUGUUUCUCUUUCUUCUUGAUAGAGUUGUUCUAAACGUUUUGAAAGUAAACACAACCUUUCUGUUA